AUGACACAGAGGGAUUGCAAAUUGAGUCCAGAGCUGUCUGAUCUGGUGGUGUACACCCACAGUGUUGCUUUCAAACAGUUUGACCCAUGUGCCAAGAAACCUCCCAAUGAAAUAUCCUCGUUUUCUGAGAGUGAUGCGUUGAAACUAAUCAAAGAAUCAGGGAAGUUGUUUGUACGUCACAACAGCAUGCAGUUGAGCAGGAUCUACCCAUCUGGUCAGCGUGUGCAAUCCUCCAACUACAACCCUCAAGACAUGUGGAAUGCUGGUUGUCAGAUGGUGGCAUUGAACUUCCAAACCCAAUGUGAAGAGAUGGAUCUAAACAGAGGCCGUUUUUUACCAAAUGGCUGCUGUGGCUACUUGCUAAAACCGAGCUUUAUGUGCCAGCCUGAUUCAGAGUUUAACCCAGAAAACACUGGGGGAGGCCCUGGCCACAAUCCAACUCUGCUUACUAUCAAGGUGAUUUCAGCCCAGCAGCUGCCUAAACCUGACAAAGAGAAGCUCAGCUCAAUUGUAGACCCUCUUGUAUGGGUGCAGACUUAUGGGGCUCCCAUAGAUAACAAUAGAAAGAAGACGCACCGAAUCGACAAUAAUGGCUUUAACCCCAGAUGGGACUGCACCUUUAAGUUCCAGAUUCAUGUGCCAGAGCUGGUAUUAGUACGCUUUAAGGUUGAAGACCAUGACUACGCCACCAAAAAUGAUUUUCUGGGCCAGUUUACACUUCCUUUCACAAGCAUGCGUACAGGUUACAGACAUGUUCAUCUGCUGCAGGCAGACGGCUCUAGCAUGUCUCCCUCCAGUCUCUUCAUUCACGUUAAAAUCACACCAUCCUACAGCAGCCCUGCUGGACAAGUGGGUGACAGAAAAUGAAGCAAUGUGUUAAAGCACUUGAAAUGCCCCCUAUUUCAGAAAAUUACAUGUUUUAUAUCAAAAUUUGAGAGCCAAAAUUGCUUCCACCGAGUGUGAGACAAGUUACAAUUUCUUUAAAAAUGAUGCAGAAGCCAUUUCACACUUUAAAAAAAUAAUAUAUUUGUUUUGUUUUCCAGUUAAAAUAAUAGAUAUCCUCAAAAUUUUAAUUUUACAUAGAAUCAGAAUGCCAAGAUGGAAUACAGUGUAAAAUAGCUAGACCUGUCUUGAAUUAAGUUAACUUAUAGACAAUUACAUGGGUCAUAUGAUGUUGCUAUUAUUUAGUGUAAUACAGUGUAGUACAUCCAAUGUGUUUAUGUGGUUUAAGUUUAAAAAAACACAUUAUUAUUUCCACUUAAUGUAAAUUAUUGUUUCUCCUCAAUGCCCCACCUUUCUGAAAUUUAUCGAUUUUUACACAGUUCAUCGUUCUGAAAAGUGAGCUGUUCUUUGAUUGGCCAUCUAUCUAGUGCUUUGUGAUUGGCCAAAUACCUCAAGUGUGACAGAAAUGUUCCCUUUACCAUACUCCGAUGCAGUGUCCGCCUGCGUGAUGAGACAAAACCAGUAAAACUCAUUUUAAACGAGAAAAUUUGGGCAUCCAUUGGAGACAUAAUUAUUGAUUAUAAUGACUUAUAAUGUCUUUUUACGCAUUGCAUUGCAUAUUACACUGUGAAACAUAAAACCAUGUCUGCAUUUGUGAAAAACAAAAAGAGAACAACAAACAACAAGCGCUACUCUACACUGCUCAAAACUCACGUUUGAAUUGUCAGUGGCAAAUUCUUUAAAUAUGAAAACUUACAGGCUCUGAGUCAAAUGCACCAGACUGUCCUUGCAAAGUUGUUAUUGCCCCACUUUAUAGGAAAAGACAUCGGCACUGUAGGCUACUCUCUCAGGAAACAGUUCUCGUCCUACAUAAAAUGCGCUGCACACAUCUAAAUAUUUGUGUUGAACAGUUUUGGAACUGUGUUGUAAAUACAACUUGACCACUGAUUUAUAGUUGUGUCCUCUUUUGGAAGGCCAAACAAAGUAGUUUCACUGCAACAAUGAAACACACAGCAUCUCCACGACAUGGCAGCAGCAAAAAUACUACACGCAAGAAUCAAAGUUACAUCUUCUUUCGUUGUAUGAACAUUUGGGUGGCGUUAUGCAAAUCUUCCCACAUCGUGACGUAGACAUGUGGGGGGCGUUUGAACAAGGCAUUUAGGUGGACAUGGUUGACUUUUAACUUUUACAAAGAAUAUCUCUUUGGAUUUGAGCCUUUAGUUUUUGCAACUUUAAAGAUCUUCUUUAUCCACCAAGAGUUUGUAACACUCCAAAGAGAAAGGAAAAAAUUUUAAUUGCAUAAUAUUACCCCUUUAAGUAUGUAUAUCAUUUUACUGGAGAACAAGGUUAUAUGUUCAAGAAAAUUGUUAUUAUUAUAUAAAUAUAUAUGUGCAGAUAUAUAAUGCUGUUAUGUAAUGUCUUAAAAUGGCAAAGCAAUACAUUUGAUAUGCACCAGCCCACGUUAUAUAAAUAUUGUUACAUUUCCUAAUGAAACGUUUUACCAUGCAGCUGAGAGUGGAAUUGGCUCAGAGAAGAAACGUAUUUGUAUAUAUGACCCGUAACGGAAACCAGUGACACAAGUCGGCAGCACAACUUUCGAGCAAAAUGAGAAAGAAGCGUUUUUUUUUUUUGCAAAAUUGGUGAUUUUCGUUUUUUUGCAGAAUCUGUUAGUUGAGAUCACGAAGAAGCCUCUCCGUGUUUGAGAUAGCAGUAUUGGUAUAUUUAAAAGCGUACAUUUUGAAGUUGAAAUCGGCUAGUUUUUAGGAGAUUCUAGCACGCAGUAGGGGCGGGUGUGUAUUCCCAUACUGGAUAAUACCGGCUUUUGUUUCUUUUGUUAUUGCCCCCGCCCUCCGAGGGAAGCGUGGCUACUUACUAUGCAGCUCUCUGUCCGGCUGUAUACAAAUGUAUUGGACUGGCGUCAGACGAGUUGGACCGUAAGAUAUCAGAGGCUAUAUCGAUAGCAACAUUUGAAGGGGAUAAAGACAGAGAAAUGGGGAAAAUCCGUGACUUUGACUGUAAAUGCUACACGAGGAGAAGGGUAGCCAGAAGCUUUCUCCAGACAUUAUGUACAACAUACGGCUGGAUUCUUUAGCUGCGGAAAAAGAGUGGCAGGACAUGCAAAUUAUUGGACAUUUAGAGGCAAACAGACGCACAGUGCAAACUUUGGAGAUACUUAUUUCAUUGAAGGCAACGAGAUCUGCAAGAAUACGUUUCUCUUUCUUAUGGGGUGAGUUUCCAUAAACAUCAAAGUUUGUCAUUUUGUGUUCAUUCUAAGAACACAUACACAUUAUCUCAUAUUUAAUCCAUGUUUAGACCUCACGUUAGUUACUUGCAUUUACGAGUUAUGUUUAGUGUUUCCCGCGUGAGGUAAUUUUUUGUUGUACGUUGCCAUGGUGUUCACGCGUGCACAAAACUACUACGUUACCUCAGCAUUUCACAGACGCACUGUGAAAUGACUGGUUACAUGAGCCUAAGCUCUUUUCAAUAAAAUCCAUGCAAAAGUUAAUAUCAGAUCAUUUUAGAAAACAGUAUAGGAUGUACCGAAUAUUCUUCAGUUUUAUGCAAAACAGAAAUAUGACGAAUAGAAUAUCAGACCUCUGUCAUAUGGCCAAAAAUAAAUGCAAAAAAAAAAGACUUUUUGCAUAGUUGUCUUUGACACAUGAAAAGUGUAACAAUGCUUUUUACAAGGUAACAUGAUGUAACCUUGCUCUCACUCGAAAUGUGUCCCCAUAUUAAGUCCUGGAAUUUUAGUUUAUCAUAGUUGAUCAUAACUAGAGAUGAAAUGGCAUGAAAAUUUCAUUUCAUGAUUAUAGUGACCAAAAUGAUCACGGUUAUCACAGAAUCCUGUUCAAAAAGUCCUAAUGCUACACAAUGAAAUCAAUUCACCAAGUUUUAUGUAGAAAACCAGCAACAAAUAACAAAUAAACAUUAUUAACAAAUAAAAUUAGCAUCAAUAUGUACUUUUUGUUUACGUAAACAUUAAAAUAAUAACAUUUAAAAUGAUGGCCAGAUUUUAAAGGAGUGUCUUGCAACGUUAUUUACAAUGCACAAGUUCAAAUAGAGUUUUGACAAAAAAGGUUUUAUAAAAAGAUAAAACUCACAUAUUUCAGCCUCUAAAUCAUUUUUAUAAAAGUCAAAAAAGAUAAAUUACUGACAUUUACAAUGCACAUUAUCCUUUAUUAUUAAUAGUAUGCGGUCAAUUUUUCCCAUUGUGUCUGUCUUUGCUAUGCAAACAUGCAGCUUUACAGGGGGUAUGGCUUAUGUAAAUGAGAUGUAAUUAGAUGUAAAUGAGCCCUAUCGUCACUCCCAGCAGUGAGAACAGGUGAGAACUGCACAAUCUUUAGAGGCUAUUUUCUGCUUUUUGAGCUUUUUCGAGUAACUACCUUCAAAUGGCCACAACUUCUCCAAAUAUUAUCCGAUUUCCAUGUGUUGCACAUCGUUGGAAAGCUUGGAGACUACACUUUCUGUAAAUAACUCAAAAUGCCCUAGAACCGACUUGUGUCCCUACUUUCCGUGAUUGGUCACAUAUGUGUUGAGAGUCGAGCCAGUGUAAUCCUUAUGUUGUUAGAACAGAAAAAAAGCUCUCUAAAAAUACCGCAAUUAGAU